CUGAUAAGAAGUAAAAACUAGCUAGCCAGCUAGAAACAAGCUGGCCAACCAGCCAUGGGUGUUCAGCUAAGAAGGACCUUAAGAACGCAAGCCGUUAUUUAAAGAUUGCUAUUUAAGAUAUAUUUAUUUCAGAAUGGGAGAAGAUAGUGUCACACCGCGUCUGAUAAAUAUGAAAACGUUGUUGGGGAUUGUAGCGGGAGCCGGAGCCUCAUAUGGAAUAUACAAGUUGUUGCGCGGACGCGGAGAAGACACAGAAAGAAAUAAAGCAGAUUCAAAAAACGACAUGGUUUUACAGCCAGGGAGUUUGAUGGCCAAAGUAUCAGGAUUUAAUGUCAUUGGUAGGACUGACAGUCGGAGCCGUACCACAGAAAUCGCCUCAAGUGAAAUUCUCUCAAAGUCUCCUGGAAGCUUGGAGCCAAGGCACCUAAGCAUGCUCCUCUCCCUUCUUCAGAGCAGUCCCAACCCAGCGGAGAAACAACAUGUUCUUAUAACUUUAGGAAACGCUGCUGCUUUUACAGUUAACCAGGAUCUCAUUCGAGAACUUGGAGGCCUUCAUAAUAUAGCAAGCUUCCUUUCAGACCCUUCACCUGACCUUAGAGUGCAGACUCUGAAUGCCUUGAACAAUCUGAGCAUGAACAUCCAGAAUCAAGAGCAGCUAAAGAUAUAUGUUCCACAAGUGCUGGAGUUGAUAGAGAUGUCCCCUGUGAACUCAGAUCUUCAGUUGGCUGCACUAAGGCUAUUGACUAAUUUGACCGUCACAGACAACCAUCAGCAUUUGAUGAAGCCCUCCAUCACUCUCCUUUUGUCACUGCUUGUAGUGAGCAGUGAAGUUCUUCAGAUCCAGGUUUUGAAGGUUCUAGUAAAUUUAUCAUCCAAUCCGGAUAUAAUGGAUGACUUAGUACAAGCACAGGCUCCUGCUUCCCUGGUUCUCCUCUUUGACAGUUGCACAAGUGCAGAUGUGCUGCUCCGCCUCCUCACCUUUGUAGUGAACCUGCAGGCCUGGAGGCCGUCCGCGCAGGUGGCCGAAGCUCUACGGAAGCAGCAGGACUCCCUGUACUGUGUGCUGCUGGACAGCUCCUCACAGUUCCAUGGCAGACUCCGCCUCCUCCUCUCCCACCCUGACAGGGAGAUUAGCGCUCAGGUAGCGCGUCUCCUGACCUAGCCCCUCAUCUGGGCCACACUUUGCCUCUCACUGCCACAACUUUGCUGUCUCCUACAAAGUCUCUUGUAUGGUCUGUGCAUUUACAAUAGGGCCUCCUUAAGGUGUUCUUGGAGAAUUCUUCUAAUAUAUACAUUUUUUUUAAUAUUAUGAUGGAGUGGCAGACAUUGAUACUUGCAAAUAUUUUAUGCAGUAGUGGAUUACAAGAAAUGGGGCUAUAUAAGAUUUGACUUUUGGGUGAAUAUGAACUUGCACAGAAUCAAAUCUUAUAGCUUUAGCAUUGGUUGUUAAAAGGAUUUAUUUUCAGUCAGGGAAGUUAAUACACUACAUUACUUGAAUAUUGUUUCCUCUAUAUUGUGUUGGUAUCCCUUCUAGAAGGCAGCUGGGGAAAUGGGUGGCUUCUGGGAAAAGCAAAUUGAAUGAAACAGCAUAAAGGCUUUCCAUAUGCAGAUCACCUUCUAAGGCAGUACAGGCCGUUUUCACAGCGGAUGACGUUUGCACAGCAAUUCCCAUUGGAGAGAUGUCUUUUUCAUAUCUUGUAUGAGGCUUGUGUUCUCACUGCCAACUCCCUUUCAGGCCAAGUGAUUGAAUGCUUCUUGUUUCCUAUGCCACAUAAAGUGCUUCAUAGACCUUGUCUGAGUAAGCAAAAACUGAAGUAUGAGGUUGCUAAUAUACUUGCAAUGCUUUUCUGACCUUUAUAAGUGUAAGAAUAUGCAUCAUUCAGUGGCUGUCUAAAGUCUUUAGUGUUAUGUUACAUUUUUCUGCAUGCUGUGAGAAGUGUUUGGGACAUCCAAAUAGAUUACUUUUUGUGUUAUCCUGUCACAUGGUUCAUAACUAGUAAACAAAGUAUGUAAUUACAGGCCCAUUUGGUUCAUUUGUCCUGCUGUACCUGGAUCCCAGAAAACGAUUUCUUGUUCAAAAUCCAAAUAAGUAUAAUAAAUCUUAAAAGCUUU